UUUUUCUUGUACAAUUCAUUCUGUUGAAAGCGAAAGGAAGAGUAAGAUCUUGACUAUAAUUUAUAGAGUGUUUGUAGGCUAGAGUCUAACUCUAAACUGUCUAAACUCAAGAUUAAAAAUGAAUAAUUCUUGGAUAUUGAAUGAUAUUUUGAAGUUAUAUUCUAAUAAUGCUCAGGCUGGUCAGUUUGGUGAAUCAGAAAAAAUAGCCCAAAUUAAAACUUUGCAGGAUGAACUCUAUUUGACAGAUGGUUACUACCUGAUUCCACUCUAUCCUCAAUCACAUAGUGCAAUUCAGAAAGACCAAGAUGAUAUAUUCAGUAUCCAUCAAAGUAUUGACCUGAAUAUUCAACUUUACACUUUUCAACUACUGAACACAGAGUGUGAUAGCCAAGAUGAAUACAAACUAACAAUCCAGGUAAUUAAAUGGAGCUCUACUGAGACACAUACAUCAAUAGAUCCAACAAAACUUUCAGAUGUGAAUAACCUGGAAAUAGUUAAACAAAGCCUACGUGACAAGUCAUUACAGAUUCCAGAGCUGCUGAAUAAUAGUGAACCGCUGUCUAUACUUAUGAAUGAGUUCAACCUGGGGAACAGUUCAGCUUAUUCUCAGCAACAACAGCAUGAAAUUUCACAGGAGAGCAGCAGCGACAACUCACCAGAGUCACUCUUCCUGUCAUGUGACAGACAAUCGCAGCAGGAUUCAAUCAUUAGUGUUUACAGUAUAGAGCCUGUGUUUCAUGUUGAGCCUGAGCGCAGUGUGAAUAAUACACGGUUUACAAAUAGCAGUGAGAGCGUCCAUAUAACAGAUGAAACAUCUGAAUCAGAUAGCCAGGAUGCUCAGUGUGACUGUCUCCGAACUGCUUCAAAACAAAAGAUGAGACUUAGAUAUGUUUUGAUUCCAGAAGACCAACAACAAAUACUGGAUGCACUACCUGAAUGGAAAUCUAGCUAUGAGCCUAGUCUCAUCUCAUCACAGGCUUCACUUCAAGAGAGCAGCCAACCCAGCUCUUUUACAAACAUCAAAGACAAACAAGCAGCAGAGCCAAUGGCACCUGGAUUUCAGAGCAUGAAAACCAAUCAAAAUCAAGCUGUGAAGAAUGAUUCACAUACAUCUAAGGAAAAUAGCUCUGGAAGUUUAUUUUCAGAUCUUGAUUGUGAAGCACACACUAGCUCUGCCAAAAUGAUUAUUUCACCUAAAACUUCUAGCUUACCUGGCAAAAGAAAAUUGAAGAAAAAAGCUAAAAUUGGCAAAUCUUCGUCAAACUUGCUGAGAAAUGAUUGUGAAAGUUCUGUUUCUGUUAAGAAAAGUCGUACAAUGUCACAUAUAUCACGUACGACAGGUCAUGAAAGUUCAUUAGAUAGUACGAUAAAACAUAAUAUCUCAAAGUGUGUGAAAAAUGAAUACAGAAUUUCAAAUUCUGUGACAGAUCAUAGAAGUCUGGAUACUGAUACAACUAAUCUUAAUUAUUGGGACUGUAGUCAGAAGAAUAAAAUGAGAACAAGAUCUAUGAUAAAGAAACACACCUCUGUCACAGGAGCUUUUUCAGGUCUUCCAUUAAAUGUUACAGAUCAAUGUGACAUGCAAAUCACCAAUGUUAAAAGGGAGAAAGUUCCAAAGAAAACAUCUGCUGACAAUAAGAAGUUUUCAUCUUCUAAAAGGCAGACGUCAAACCAGGAAUGCCCUUCUCAGGACAUGACUAUUAUGCAGCAUGAUCCAACUGAGAAAAACAGAGAGAGUUUGAAGACUAUCCUUAAUUUUAUUUCUUCUGGAACUAAGACAGGGUUUACCAAACUGUAAAAGUGUUGCUGAUCUUAGCAUGACAAACUUGUGACAAUGAUUGUAAUCCUUGACCGAUGUUAUAAAAGUGGCUGGACAUGAUAUGUUUAUUAUUGUGUGACAGUAUCUGAAACGUUUGGUUGAUUCAGGAAAUAUAUUAGAUACCAUAUUGAUAGAAGUCCUUUCUUAACCUAGUGUUCUUGACCUUUUUACAAAGCUUAUGUUAACUCACUCUGGUACAAAUUUAGUUCAUGCUUUUUCUUCACUUCCCAUUCAUGGGUCAAGUUAAAAUUUUUGCACAAAUUAUUCAUACAUGAAUGAGUUUGAUUAGUGGUAAUUAAUUAAUUUUGUGUCUUAUUAAAAAGGGCAUUAAACCAUCCAGUAUUGAGAGAUAUAGCUAUGAUGUUGUGGUUUUUUCCCUUAGAUAUAAGUAUUUUUUUUAUAUUUUGCUUGUUCUUCUUUUUCCCUAAGUAGAUAUUACAGACACACUGAAACCAAUUGCCUUGUCUAUCUUGUAUGUCUUCAAGAUAAUGAAUAACAGCAAAUGAUUUCACAUUCACAACAUUCCUCUGGAUUUAAACUGUCACCUAAUGGUAGGAACAAUUAGAAAAUUUGCGAGUUAAGGCUGAACAAUAUUAGUGUUACAAAUAAAAUAAAAAUACCUAAAUGACAUUUAUUGGCAGAUACAAAUUUACAUAAAAUAAAAUGUCCAUUUAAAGUCUAGCUUGCCAAGUGCUAACAAAUAAAAUGUGAGAGUCCAGUAAGCUGAUGCUCCUGUGCUCUUGAAAAUUGGUUUAGAUUUUCUAAUUUUUAAGAUUGUAUCUUUGUGUAGAUUCAUCUGCUAGUGUUUUUAAUGGUCUAACUACAUCUUCUGUGGUUCCAAUGGUUUCUUCAGUCAUAAUAGAAUCUGUCUGAUCUUUUGGGGCUUAAGCUCAGAGUGGGUCUGCCACAAUAUCAAGCUGUCCUACUCUGAUUCACUCUGCCACGCUGUAGUCCUCCAAUAGCUUGUUGAUAGAUAAGGACAUGUGAAUGGGAAUCUAGAAUGGUUGAAUCAGUUCUCCUUUGAGCUACUAAAAAAAAGGUGCUUCAGCUUGGGUACAUUGAUUAAUCAGGAGAAAAGCAGAUUCUUUAGUUCUUGUAACACUCACUGCGGUCUAUACCUACACAGUACAUUAAUUUUUUUUAAAGCAAUCUCCAUCCAACUGCCCCCAAGCAAUAUACACACGCACAAAUCUACUUUUCUGAACUAUUUUUCACAAUGACUAACCUUUUUUUGUGUCACCCUAUUUAGUGUAAUUAGCUCCCUUAGUAAAACACUCUAUAAACUCAAGGUUGUGUCCUUUGAGCAUUCAUCAAUAGACUAUCUACAUCUGUACUAUAUUGCAAUUUGUAAUCAAUGUGCUUGUCAUUGUUUACGAGUGAUAUUGCACAAGGAAAUACUUGUGUUAUUUGUGUGUGUGUGUAAAUCUAAGAGUAUUAAGUAACCAUAUAAUAUUUGUUUCACAAAUGGAAAGAAAAUUGUAAAUAUGUCUAUUUCAAUGCAUUAAUAAAUUGUUGAUACCAGGGCAUCUAAAUAACACAUAAUCACAAUUUGUUUUGUUCAUAUUAUAUUUUUUUUUUAUUGUAUAUCAAAAUGUACUGAUGGAGAUGGAUAUGUGAAAACAAAACACAAAAACAAGCAGGAGAAGAAAGAAUUGAUUCUUGUACUGUUACUUAGACUCUGUGAGAAAUAAAAGACCUGAUUAUGCAUAGACCCAUCUUCUUUCUGAAAUAAUUGUAUAUAUACAUAGUUGUGUUUAUGAGAAAAUACAUUUUUUCCCAGGAUGUGACAGACUGACAAUGACCAUAUUAAUGCAUUUUUUUGUUUCAUUUCUAUUUUUCUGUAAUAAUUUGACCAACUUUGCUACAUGACCUCUUGUUGUUUGAGGGAUUGAUUUGAAGUGUAUAUAUUGUUAUAUUGACCAGAAUAAUUUGUCUUUAUGCAUUUAAUAUAGAGUAUGUUAUGCUAUUCGGACACCUAUAGGCAAAAAUUUCAAAGUUUGACUUUGACAGCGCAUUUUUUGACAAUGGUUCGAUAUAGAAAAGAAAAUGAAGUAUCAAAAUCUUCUUUAGUUUAAGGAGAAUAAGGAUGACUUCUUAUAUUUGUACCCCUAAUCUAUAUUUGUUAUUAUAUUUAAGGUCAAAGAGGCCAUGUGUUUUCAUUUACUUCAGACAAAUUUGACCCACAUUAUUUGAUUCCAGACACCAUAAUUUAUUUCAGUCUAUAUUUAGGCAUCAACAAACUCAGAUUUUAAUUCUAUAUUAACGUUAACUAAAUUUUAAGAUCCCCAGGCAUAGCCUCUCAUAUGAAAUCAUUAAGAUGUUUUCAAAUUAUGCAUAAACACGAGUACAAAAAAUAAAAAUAUGAUGUUGUGGCUCUUCCGCAGUGUCAAUAAAAUCAAUGAAAUAAACAGGAGGUAACCUUUAAACUAAUUCAGGAACUCUGGCGAAAUGCCAAAACAAUCAAUAUAGGUAGUCGACACUAUUGAAACUAUAAACACUUUUAAUACUCAAGAAGGGAUCUGAUUAAUGUCCUCCGUUACUAGCCGUCUGUAUACUGAAAAGCGUCUUGUUAAUAGUGUCGAAUAGAGCAUUCUACUUUUUAAAUAUCUAUCUCGUCAUUCGUCACUAAGUAAAACUUUCCCCUUAUUCCCGAAACAAAUACCUAAUGUCAUAACAAUGAACACACUUAUUCUACCAAAAUUAGGUCACUGGGAUAGUGACUUUUACACAGACUUUUAGACUAGUUUUAUGUUUGCUUGAUUAGAUGUGUGUUGAAUGUUUGUGUUUUUUGUUAAUUCAUUUAAUAAAUUUCUAAUACAGAU